GACAACCAGCUGCGCCAGCAAUAUAUGAGUGAAUGGAGUCGCGCACCCUCAGAACAAGUGUCCAAAGAGCUCCACGACGAAUGCCGCGGCAUGCGGAACAAACUAGACAUGGCCAGGACAGCCGACGGCACUGUACGCCGACGUUUCGAUGAGAGUCUGAAGGUCAUGGAGUCGCUUUGCCGGACAGACGAUCUGGCCAAUCUCCUGCCGGAUGCUGGUGCGGCUAAUCUGCCGCAGCGUGUGAAG